AUAAGGCCCAGUGUGUGGUCCAAGUCAUAAUUUUUGUUUGUACGUAUAAUGAGCCUGAGAAUGAGAAUUGGGCUAUGAUGUGGCCCAAGUCGUGCUUUUCCUAACUUGACAAGAGAAGUUACAAAAGUACCCACAGCUACUUGGUUGUGUUAUGUGCUUUAGUAGGGGUAGAAUCGAAAUUAGGAAACCACCUGAGACCGAGAAGAAACACACAAUUGCUUUGCUCUCUCGUCCGCAGCCACAGAGGUUGAACCCUAGAUUUACUCACCAAUCUCUCAUUCUCUCAAUCAAUCCGGUAAAACAAUGUCUGAUAUUUUCCCCGGCGACUUCGCAGCGGCUGAGACAGGCAUCUUCUGGGACAUAGAAGAUUGCAAGAUCCCUGAUGAUCUCAAUGCUGGUGAUGCUUUGAAGAACAUUAAAUCGGCCCUUUCGAGUGAUGGUCAUCAUGGUACGGUCUCAGUAAGGGCUUAUGGUGAUACGACCGGUCUUGACUUUCCUUCUGAGGGCAUUAAGCUCAAUCACUUCCCCGCAGGAGAGAGAUACGCGAGACAGACCAAGAUGCUUGAAGACAUCGUUUCCUGGUCAGCUGAACAUCCUGAACCGUCAACUUUGUUCCUAAUCGUUGGAGACACCUCACGAGACUUCCUCGACGUUGUUCAACUUUUGAAAUCCAAGAAAAAUUACAACUUUAUCAUAUACAACUUUAUUUUAUAUGUGUAUUACCAAAAAACCGAACACUCGUACUUGGCUCCAAUUCCAUCCAUUUUACUAAUCUAAGCUAAGCUAAGCGAAGAAGAAGAUGUUAAUGAGAAUUACAGAAAGAUAUUACUUAAUGAGAGAGAGAGCUUAUGAUCAAUGUGCAGGAAGUUGGCUGGCUAUAUUCCUUUAUUAUAUACUCAAUUCAAAAAACAAAACAAAAAAAAAUGCGGAUGAUAUUUGGUUAUUGUUUAUGCCAAUUAUCAUAAUUUUUGUUUGUUCGAUUAAAGUUGCA